AUGAGUACCUUGAGUUGGAACUGUCGUGGCUUGGGCAAUCCACGUACAGUUCGAGAAGUGGUGGACCUUGUGUCUCGUAAGAAGCCGGAGUUUGUCUUUCUUAUGGAAACUAAGGUGGGACGGAGUCAUGCAGAGCGUCUCCGUGUCAAGCUUGGUUUUGAAGAUGUGGAGUUGUCUGUUGCUGGUCUAGGUGUGUGGAGGAUGACCGGCUUCUAUGGUUUCCCUGAACGGAGCCGGAGAAGCGAGUCUUGGGACCUCUUGAGAACUUUAGCAGGAAGGUCCACACUUCCAUGGGUGGUGGUGGGGGACUUCAAUGAUCUCCUGUUUCAACACGAGAAACGUGGAGGUAAUCCGCACCCUGAUAAUUUACUACGUGGUUUCGGAGAGGUUGUGGAGGACUGUGGGCUAUCUCAGCUGUCGAUACACGGUUAUCAGUAUACUUGGGAAAGAGGUAGAGGAACGGUAGAUUGGAUGGAGGAGAGGUUGGACAAGGUUCUCGCAGGUGCAGAUUGGUGCAGUACACUGCCGGAGGCAACUGUCUCUAAUAUUAUUACCCGUAACUCAGAUCACUCGGCUCUCUUUUUGGGGGUUAAGGAUCGAGCACGAGUGCAGCACGGUUUGCAGAGGUCUUUUAAAUUUGAGAUGGCCUGGAUUUAUGAUGAGGGAUGUCGGAAGCAGGUGGAGGAGGCGUGGCACGAAGGGAGAGAGGCGAGGUUACUAAACUGUUUACGGUUUUGUGGUGACAGACUCCUCCGCUGGGGUGGUGAUCACUUUCACAAGUUUGGCGAGAAGAUUAGCACCCUGCGGAAAGACCAACUACGUCUUAAGGGACUACUGGACCCCGAGUCUCUCGGGGAGUACCAGCGUCUUGAGGCUCAGCUGUGUCAGUAUGCUUCUGCACGAAAAAAGAAGAACACCCUCUCUAGAUUAAAGAAUGAUUGUGAUGUGUGGGUUGAGGGGGACGAUUUGAAUGCUGUUGUGCUUGAUUAUUUUCAAAAUAUUUUUGCAUCAAAUAUCUCAUCUGCCGAGGUGGACUCUUUUGUUACUACUGUUACCCCACGUGUAUCCCCCGAGCAGAAUAUUGCCCUCUUAAAGCCUUUUGACCAGGAGGAGGUGAAAGUCGCUCUGUUCUCCAUGUUUCCAGAUAAAGCCCCAGGCCCGGAUGGUAUGAACCCAGGGUUCUAUCAGCAUUACUGGGAUGUGGUAGGUUCUGAUGUGUCCUAUUUUGUGCUAAAGUGCCUGAAUGAGAGUUCCUUCCCAGUUGGCUUGAAUGAUACUAAUGUGGUACUCAUCCCUAAGAAGAACAGUCCUAAGAAGGUGUCUGAUCUUAGGCUCAUUGCUCUUUGUAAUGUGGUCUACAAAAUCAUGGCCAAGAUGAUUGCCAAUAGGAUGAAGCCUCUGUUAGGGGGCAUAAUCUCUGACUCACAUAGUGCUUUUAUCCCUAAUAGGCUUAUCACAGAUAAUAUCCUCAUUGAUGCAGAGGUAGGUCACUACUUAAACAGGAAAUAG